AGAAGCCUUUCCAGCCAUCCUUCUUCUGAGCCUGGUUGACCUAAAGCAGCUUCCAAGAUGUCCCAACAACACACUCUGCCAGUCACCCUGCCCCCUGCCCUCAGUCAGGAGCCCCUCAAGCCUGUUUCUCCUCCUGCUGAUACCCACCAGGAGGAGCACGUGAAGCAGACAACUCCACUGCCGGUCCCAUGCCAGAAGGUGCCCUCCGGAAUCCCAGGGGAGGUCCCCUUGGUGCACGAGGAGAAAUACACAACUCCUGUGAAGGGAGAGUCCAAGCAAGACUGUAAGCCACAGCAGCAGGAACUUUAUCUGGAACAGCAGCAGCCACAAGAGUCACAGGAACAGGAAGUGCACCUGGAACAGCAUCUGGAACAGCAGCAGCCACAAGAGUCACAGGAACAGGAAGUGUACCUGGAACAACAUCUGGAACAGCAGAAGCCACAAGAUUUACAGGAACAGGAAGUGCACCUGGAACAGCAUCUGGAACAGCAGAAGCCACAAGAGUCACAGGAACAGAAAGUGCACCUGGAACAGCAUCUGGAACAGCAGAAGCCACAAGAGUCACAGGAACAGGAAGUGCAUCUGGAACAGCACCAGCUGCAAGAGUCACAGGAACAGGAAGUGCACCCGGAACAGCAUCUGGAACAGCAGCAGCAGGAGCGACAGGAACAGGAACUGCAGCAGCAGCAACAGGAUGAGCAUGAGGACCAUCAGGAAGCAGAAAGCUUGGAGAAGCAGCUGGAGGAGGAGAAAACACAAAGGGAGCUAAAGGGUCAGCUGGAAGAGAAGAAGAAGCUCUUGGACCAGCAGCUGGAUGGAGAGCUGGCAAAGGGAGGUGAGCAACUGGAGAAGAAGGAAAAGCAGCUGCUAGAGCCCCUGGAGCAGCAGGAGGGGAAGCUGGAUCCACCUACUUUUGUUCCAGCUCCUGGCCAGGUCCAAGAGACCCACCCAGUCCAGACACUGAAAGGAGAAGUCUUGCCCCCCACAGAGCAGCAGCAGCAGAAGCAGGAGGUGCAGUGGCCCCCCAAACAUAAGUAA